AUGGCGCACGCUGAAGAGGCAGCAGCCUCGCCAGCCCAGCCGUCACCGGGUCCAGUUGCCGCCCCAGCCGCUGAGCCUGAAGAGAUUGUGUUGCCGCCGAACGUCACUUGCAGCCAGAAAGAUAGACACAUCGUUCGACGCUUCAUUCAACGAAUCGAAGCCGUCGUGGGCCAGAAGCCUUGGGAGUGGUUGGCCGAGGUCCAACCUAAGCAAUAG